AUGGAAGGCAGUACAAUUCAUACAGCACCGAGUACCUCUGAAGAGAGUUUAAAGAUUGCUGGUUCUGCUGCUUCUUUAUUUCACGAUUCUAUGCAGAGUCCCUUUGAUUCUUUAUUUUCACCCGCAAAUGAUUCCAACCCUACAGCUGAUUUAAAUAUAACGGAAUCAACACAACAGUAUGAUGUGGCAGGUUUGAAUUACGGCGAGCAGUAUUCUUCCACGCAAGCGAUUGGAAGUACUGAAAUAACAGCAGAUCCCAAAACUAAUGUUACACAGUAUUACGACUAUACGGAACAUGGCUAUGAUGGCAGUGGCCAGGAUUAUUCGCAAUACUAUUACCCGCAACAAUAUCAUUAUGAUCCGAAAGAAGAACAAGAAGUCAAUAUAGUUCACCAAAAUAACAAUGAUAUAUUUGAAUAUCAACCACAAGAUUUAGAAGGUCCCCAAAAGACAGAAUUGUCUCAAGUAGACCAACCUAUAUUUGAAUAUCAACCACAAGAUUUAGAAGGUCCCAAAAAGACAGAAUUGUCUCAAGUAGACCAACCUACAUCCCAGAUAGCAGAUAAUUCACAAAUUUCGUCGGAAUUAGAUGCUUCUAAAGAGUCAGAGGAAACUGCUGACUUAACCAAUCAAGCUACAAACAAAGAUACAGGUAAAUUGGAUGAUUUGGAUGAUUUAGUUUUGGGACAUACGACAUCUGGGACCUCUGAGGCACAUGUAUCCUCAAGCACACACGAAGAAUCUACUGUUGAACCUGAAGCCAACCAAGCUAUGAAUGAUCCAUCCUUGAAUUUUCAAUAUUAUUCUACUGAGCAAGAUUAUUCAUAUGACUACGGAUAUGAAAAAUGGAGCACAAACGAUUCAGUCAACCAAUAUCAAACUUAUGAUACUUCUCAAGUUGCAACUGGCAUUGAGGAUGUAAAUAACCAGCAUACUCAAUAUCCCUCGGUUAACACCCAAGAAUAUUCAUCUGAUACAUAUACGCAAUACGAUGGAACUAAUACCAGUAAUUUUAACUAUCCUUACACCGGACACAGUACUAGUCAAUCGACUAUCGAUGGAAUAUCUGGAAUUCACCAAUCUACCCAUCAGUAUCCAAACUAUGAUUCAAAUCAAUCUACAGUUGUUAAUACACCACCGCCACAAUCUUAUUCACCAUUUUCGGCGAAACAACAGUAUGAGACUGAUAGUACGAAUAUUGUAAAUGAUCCUUUAGGAAGGUCUAAAGGGUGUCCUAUUGUCGCCUUUGGUUUUGGGGGCAAAGUGUUCACCAUGUUCCCUCGUACUGUCCAACGUUUUACUAGUACGGACCAAAGUACACCAAUUACAAAAUAUGCACCAGGUGCUUUGAUAAUUCGUACUUUAAAGGAUAUAAUCCCAUUAUCAGACAUUGAAGAUUUCCCUGGCCCUCUUCUUAUGGAUAAUAAUCGAGGAGGCGCGAAAGCAAAAAGAAAACAUGUAAUAAAAUACUUAAACGAUCAAAUCAAAGUUGCGGAAGAUAUGCUGAACUCUUUUGUCGGUGAAGAAGUUGAAAAAAGGAAUCCAAAAGUUGAAGAAGCCGUACGCUGCAUUUUGGUACCAUCUGUUACUAAAACGGAACAUUACGAGUCAAAUUUUACAGUUCCAGCUGAUUCUAGCUUUGAUUCUACACAAAGCUUACCGGAGUCGUCCACACCUCCAUCUUUGACGUACUCUAUUUCUCCAAAAGCCAUCGACACAUUACAAGAACUAUUAAUUAAAGGAGACCGUAUUGCAGCCAUAAAUCACGCAAUGAAUAACAAUUUAUGGACUCAUGCUCUGAUAAUUGCGAGUUGCGUCAACAAAGACCAAUGGAAAGAGGUUGUAAAUGGUUUUAUAAAACAUGAAUUGGGCUCCCAGCCUAAUGAUACUUCACAAUCUAACGGGAGAGAAUCUUUAAGGGUUUUGUAUUCUUUAUUUGCUGGACACGGGCAGAACUCCGCUCAGCCUGCUACCGCAACAACAUUCCCCCCCAUUUCUUUAGCAACAAAUAUUGCACAGUUAAAUCCUUCUUCGAGCGUACAGUAUAAUCCUGUACCCAUAAACACUUUAUAUUCUUCUGCUACAUGUGAUGCUCCAAUUGAGAGUUUGAAAAAAUGGCGUGAAACUUUGGCUAUUAUUUUAUCAAAUAGAUCACCAGGUGAUAAUCAGGCAAUGUCGGCCUUAGGAGACAUGCUAAAAGAGUUUGGAUGGAUUACUCUUGAUUCUUUAUGGGAUUCCCUGGAAGUUAAAUUCAAUAAGUUUGUUGCAGGUGAUGCCGUGGAUGAAAAUGGACAGAAACCAUCAUCAAUAUCUCAAGAGACUGUUGGACCUUUCUCCCACUUUAGUGCUAUUACUCAGCAGACUUCAGAUGUUCCAUCACGUAGUGUAUCAGCAGCUGAGUUUAGAUCGAUCCCUGAUUCAAGUCAUGAAGCGCGACGUUCAACUACACCCAGUGCAAGAUUACAAAAACAAAUAAAUGGAUAUCAACGAAGAUCAUCAACACCUGGUGUUGGUGUACAAACUGCUGAAUACACAAAUAGUGGCUAUAAUUAUAAUGGAUAUAGUCCCUCAGCUUCUGAUGGACAAAUCUCAAUGUCACCUGUACCGGAAGAUAAAUCAUCUUAUAUUACAUCGCCCAUAAAUAAUAGCACUGGUCAUUUCGGAACCUCCGAUGUACAGGGUACUGGCAGCAAAGAACAGCACAUUGGUUUACAAUCGAGUUCUGAAAACGGACAUUCAUAUGGGUCUGUUCCAUAUGGUCAACAGUCAACACAAGGUGAAUAUAAUUACUCAUCAUGGCCGGACAAUUCAGGCAUAGACACAAGUAAGCAACAGAUGUAUUCGUAUUACCAACCAGUUGGGAAUUCUGAUACGUCUUAUACAAAUGAUUCUGGAUGGUGGAAUAAUCCCAGCCCUUAUACCAAUGACAAUUAUUCAAAUCAAGAACAAAUUACAAAUAAUAACGAUGGGGGAGGGGAAUUUAUUUCGCCCAUGGACAAUAGUAACCCAUUAUUCACACCAACUUCAGCACCACAAAGUAAUACAGCAGUUCGUAAUAACGAAUGGGAUAAUAUAGAAGAUGACUUAGGAUUAGGAAAUAAUGCUUUUAAUGCCAAAAAGAAAGAGAAACAAACGGAUGAUAAUAGCCAGGAAUCGACAGAGAAUGUCACUCAGCAACCAGAAACGCCAAAAGAUGAGAGAAAAGAAGAGAAGACGGGAUGGUUUGGGAGAUGGUUUGGAAAGAAAGAAGGCGGUGGUAAAGCUGCUAAUUUGGGAGAAGAAAGUUCGUUUUAUUUCGAUCCGGUUCAAAACAGAUGGGUCAACAAAAAGGGUGGUACAGAUACACCUACAACUUCAACACCCCCACCUCCGCAACCAACACGCGCUAAAACUACAUCACCUACACCAUCUGCGCCAAUGAUGAACUCAAAUUCAAACAUGCCAUCAAUUCCACCGCCAAGUACCAGUAGACAAUCGUUACCGCCUCUAAAUACACCAGGCGGAAAUGUUUCAACACCACCAGUUAAACAGAGAA